CGGGGUUUUCCCUUAGCCACACCCCUCCACCCGCUAGGCCCCGCCCCGCUGCGGGGGAAGAUGGCGGCGGCGUUGCGGUGGCUGCGGCGGGGCGGCGGCGGCGGGGUCCCCGGCGGAGCGCGGGGUUACUCGAGGGACGCCGAAGGCAGCUGGUUCCGCUCCCUCUUCGUGCACAAGGUGGAUCCCCGCAAGGACGCCCAUUCCAACCUCCUCUCCAAGAAGGAGACCAGUAACCUCUACAAAAUUCAGUUUCACAACGUGAAGCCGGAGUGCCUGGAUGCCUACAACAGCCUGACAGAGGAGGUGCUGCCCAAGCUCCACUCGGAUGCUGACUACCCCUGCGACUUGGUGGGGAACUGGAACACGUGGUAUGGCGAGCAGGACCAGGCAGUGCACCUCUGGCGCUUCUCAGGCGGGUACCCGGCCCUCAUGGACUGCAUGAACAAGCUCAAACAGAAUAAGGAGUACCUGGAUUUCCGCAAGGAGAGGAGCCAGAUGCUGCUGUCCCGCAGGAAUCAGCUGCUCCUGGAGUUCAGCUUCUGGAACGAGCCCCUGCCCCGCCAGGGACCCAACAUCUAUGAGCUCAGGACCUACAAGCUGAAGCCAGGGACCAUGAUCGAAUGGGGCAACAACUGGGCUCGGGCCAUUAAGUACCGGCAGGAGAACCAGGAGGCAGUUGGCGGGUUCUUCUCCCAGAUCGGGGAGCUGUAUGUCGUGCACCACCUCUGGGCCUACAAGGACCUGCAGUCCCGGGAAGAGACGAGGAACGCGGCCUGGAGGAAGAGGGGCUGGGAUGAGAACGUGUACUACACGGUCCCGCUGAUCCGGACCAUGGAAUCACGGAUAAUGAUUCCCCUGAAGAUCUCACCCCUGCAGUGAGCAGGGGUCUGCACCAGGCAUCUGCCUGCACCCGGAGGGGCAUGCUCCCUGCCUGCGCUCCCUGCCUGCGCCCCGGCCCUGCUGGGGAAGGGCUGGGGGUCUCUGCUCCCCCACAGCUCCUAGCUCUCCUUUCCCCCCCCCACCCCAUUUUGGGGUGCCCUGUGGGGGAUGAGAGUGGGGAGGGGAAGGGCGGGAGCCCCCCACCCUGCAGUGGGUCCCCACGUGCGGCACGGGACAGCACUGCCUGGGGGGGCUGGGCAGACUGCAGAGAUGAGGGGGGGGGGGGUCUUAAUUAUUCCUGAUGGGCCCAGUGGGUGCCUUUCCUGCCAAUUAAAUAUUUAAUAUGCCAAAGCCUG